AUGGAGUCCCAUGAUAAGCAACCGGAGACUGACCCAGACAGGAAACAAGAUAGGUGCUCUUCCGACAAGACUCUAGGAACAGAGACGCAAGGCAAGUCCAAGUCCAUCGAGCGAGCCUUCCAUACCUCCCUGCCGUAUUGCCAGACUCUAACAGGGUACGAGCCCGUCACGGCGCCUCCACUCUCCACGCUCGAGGAUGGCCAUACCUACAAAGUCGUAAGGUGGUGCCCACCGAAACUCCUCCUGAACCUCGGCCGCGCACGCUACGCCGCCGUGACCGGCUACGACAGCAACUUCGCUGCACGGCAGAUGCCCACGUUCGAGAUGUUGGAUAUGGCGACUGAUAAGCAUGUAAGAAUGAUGACGGAGCGAAACCUAAUCCCAAGUCUGGAGGUGAUGCUCUGGGGGGCAUGGCCAAUGGGCCGGCUGUGCGGCUGCUUCAAGCAUGGGUACUGGGGCGAGCCGCUAUACGUCUGGACCGUUCACCUCUACAACAAAGUGACCGUCGACGUCGCCGCCCUGGUGUUCAAGCCGCCGAACAUGAUCCGCGGUGCCGACUUCUUCGGUGCCAUCGGCGAGGAGCAGCACUGCGGCUGGUUCAGGCCGAGCGGGCCCGGGUUAACGGCCGACGGCCACGUCCUGACGCAGGGCCUGCGCGACAACGCCGUCCCGUUCACACAGCAGGCCAGGAAGUACGCAUCCGAGCUGGGCCUAUGUGAUGUUGCUCUCUUUGACUACGAGCAUCUCUUGCUCCUGGAUCUCGAGGACGAAGCGAACCAGUAUGAGCGUCGUCUGGGCCCAGGCCGCGACGCGCCGAUUCCGGAUCUGCUCACGGCGACAUUAUUUCAGGAGCGCUACAGCGACACGGGAAGUGGUGAGUGUUUCCAUAUGAUAUUGCUGGGCUUCGUCCUUCGCGCGUUGGACCGCACCCCCUCACUGCUCCGGAGAAAGCUGGCCGCGCGCAAUCGAUAUGAUGAUCGGACACCGAGGUCGUGGGAUCAAGACUAUGAUCGGAUACCAAGGCCACCAAAUCGAGACAACGAUAGGACGCCAAGGCCGUUGGAUCGAGACGACGAUAAGACCCCGAGACCAUUGAAUAGAGAUGAAAGUAGGACACCAAGGCCGCAUAGUUAA